AUGUCCUACCUGCUGAGAACGGUCACUGUGAAGCAUUGGACAACAAAACGGAGCUCAGGUGCAAGUUUUGCUUCGGAGACAAAACAAUCCAGACUGGCAAUGCAGCAAGCCACCACGGUCGAGACACUCUGUGGUCACAUUGGCGACCCCCCGACAAAUAUUCAGCGCAAAACCCGAAUCUCAAUGACGCCUAGUGCUGAAAUCGAACUAGAAAAUUUGCGAAGAUGUUCCAUCGCUGCGUUAGGUUGCAACUCAGGACGCGCAGCAAAUCGGCCCAUUCGCAAGGCGGCGAGUCUCGAGCUUUGUUCUCCUGCUUUUGGUCUGCCCUUGCUUGCUACUGGUCUGCUUCUGCUUGCUGUUGAUCUGCCUCUGCUGCUUCUUUCCUCCAGUUUCGCGAUGCCGUCGAACAAAUCCCUCUUGUCUGGGGCCGUGACCGGUGCUGCCAUCCUGGGCUCGGCGCAGGCGAACCUCUUCACCGUCAACUGCUCGCCGCUGACGAUUCAGCGCGGCGACCCCAUCAUGUCCCCGGGCCAGAUCUCGGCACACGUCCACGUCGUGACGGGCGGCACCGCCUUUCAGCUUGCGCAGUCAAAUGCACAGGCACGUGGUGCGCGGGCGACGACCUGUGACAAGAUCCUGGACAAUAGCAACUACUGGCAGCCGCAGCUGUACCACGAGCGGCACGACGGACGGUUCGAGCUCGUCACUAUGCAAGGCAAUGCUGCCUACUACAUCAAGCGCGCUUGCGACUAUGCGCCCGGCAGACGAAAUUGCGAUGGCGCCCCUGCCCCGAUUGCGCCUCCACGAGGUCUUCGUAUGAUUUCGGGAGACCCUGAGCUUCGCACAUACAAUCCGUCCGAUUUUGCGCAGCAGGCCAUUUCUCACUACUGCCUUGAAGGACCCAACGAGGGGGAGACGCCGCACAUGAGCCGCCUCCCGUGCGGCCGCAUGCGUGCCCAAACCUUUUUCCCGUCCUGCUGGGACGGCCACAACCUCGACAGCGGCAAUCACAAGGACCAUCUGGCGUUUCCCGCCAUUGGCGCGUACAAUACCGGAGUGUGCCCGCAGUCGCACCCCAAGGCAAUCCUGUCCGUGUUUUACGAGUUCUUCUACGACACGGGCGCCAUCCGGAACCCGAACCGCCUCGUGUGGGCCAUGGGCGACCCAACCGGCUACGGCCUGCACGGCGACUACCUCCAAGGCUGGACCGACCAGCAGCGCCUCGAAGAGGCCAUCGCCACCUGCGCGGGCCCACACGGCGUCGACGACCCGGGCUGCAGCCUCAACGUCGGCCCCAACGGCAGCCCGGGCCGCGCGAGCGUGCAACAGCUAGAGGUCCCGGAGCCGGCGGAGCCGGUCGGAGAGCAGGGCCCGCUGGACAAGCUCCCGGGCGAUAACCCGGUUACAUUCUGA